CUCCCGGCCAAUAAGCAGGAAUUCGUAUCAAAUAAAUUUACAUGCACAACGGAAUUGGAGAAAACACUUUAAAGGUCGCAAACGUGUAGGUGUCAUGUUGUUUAGUUGUAAAUGUGAACAGUGGACAGGAGACAUUGAUAGAACAGUUCUUAAUGUAAAGGAGUAUACCACCAUUCUCUAGAAACUAUUUCAUAUGAGACGACCAUGCUGUUAUGAUUAAGCUAUAGUAUAGUGAAAUCAUUGCAUUACAAUGCAUGGUAGGCUUAAGGACAUUAUCUGUUCAACUGCCAAUCGUGGUGCCUUGUCUUUUUUACCUGUAUCUAAUAUAAAUAACCGACAAUGAUUGCUACAGGAGUAACAACCAAAAGACCUCAUGGAUUUAGUAUAGACUCUCUGCUUGGCCGUGGGCCACAGACGGAAAAGGAUGAUACUGUCCAAGCUAAACUCAGGACACCUUCCCCGGGGGAGAGCACCUCAUCGGAAACCUCAGGGGUGGAGAAGGACUCUCAGCCCGUCUACGACAGGUGCCACUCCUUACAUACUUGCUUAGAAGGUGGUCCGUGCUUACCCUGCUUUGAGGGGCGGAAGAUGGCCCCGGGCUAUCACCCUACCAGUUCAUUGCCUAUCCCCUCGCGUCCGUCCCCUCUGCUUAUGAGGUUCAGGGGUGACCAAAUGCCGCCUCUCCAUGAAAAAUAUUGUGCAUUAACUGGACUUUCUAUGUCGUGUUUCGGUGCUACAGACAAUGGAGUUGGUACAAGAGUCGAUAAUGCUUUAACAACUUUCCCCAACAGGUGGACGAGAACUUCAGAAGACGAAUUCAAUCCGUAUCAAUAUCAGUUAUCACUUAGUCUACCCCCAUUUAACGUUCCAACCAUUGAUUCAGACCUGUUGUUUUCACGUUUCCGGAAACCAAAGAGAAUCCGAACGGCGUUUGCUCCUUCACAACUUCUGCGUCUUGAACACGCUUUCGAGAAAAACCAUUAUGUGGUCGGACAGGAAAGGAAAGACCUAGCAUCAGACCUCCAUCUUACGGAAACACAAGUAAAGGUAUGGUUUCAAAAUCGCAGGACAAAAUUCAAAAGAAUGAAAGCAGAGGAAGAAAUGACCCGGACCUUGUCGAAAACAUUUACGGGUAAACGAUCAAAUAGUGACUCGCAAAAGAGUGUGUUCCAAAAAUCUGCUGCCGAGGACAGUUGGUGCGAGGAAUCAGAUGGAACGGACAACGAUUCAGAGUUGGAAGUGUGACAUUGUGAAUACAUCAGACAGACUUUAUGUUAAAUACUUUAUCCCUUUUGUCAAGUGCGUCAAAUAAUGGGCAAUCAUCGAACACAAUAGCCUUUCAUUUAAACAAUACGGCAAUUAAUAUUCCUUCCAUCUUACGUUAUCAUCUGUUUUAUUAGUAAUUCUACUUAGUUCCGUCCAAUUUCCAUAAAUUCGAUAAGUUAUAUUUGAACGCAGGAGAUUUAUGUAAGAACAAGACGUUUGCAUCCACAGUGUUUUGUGGUCCACACAUGUACAUAUUACAAUCACUUUAGAAAAGUAUGCAAAUAUUGAAUCUUUCGUUUUCGUAUCCUUGUAAAUGUCAAUAAAACAUAUUUAUAAUGAUAAAUGUAAA